CAGUGCACAGCCUCUCCAGCAAGUUUUUCUCAAACCUCCAUGAACAGCUGAAUAUAUUUAAAAAAGAAAAAGCUUUGUCAGAGAAAGUGAAGGUAAAUGAGCUGUCUGCUUCUGAUGCUGAGAUGCUGAAAGAAUUCAAGCAGGACUUGGCUGACACCAUCAGUGCUUUAUUGGCUGAUGCUUUGGUAGAAGUGUUCCACCAGAAGUUCUCCAGUCACAUUGUUUCUCGUGUUCAAGGCAAAGUAAAUGGCGUCAUUGGCCGUUAUGUAAGAACUGGCUUAAAGAGUGACAGAACAGAGGAAAAACUCAAAGCUGGACAGAACAACAGAUACAUCUCAUACAUGCCAGGAGACCCGAAUGCUAAACAUAAAUCUGCAGGAGAGGCAGGUAAACGCUCAGAGUCACAUGCUGAAAAGAUCAGGAACCCUGUGACUGCAGGCACCAUUCUUGAUAUCAGAGUCCUGUCAGAAGCCACUGGGACUAAGGUUGUUAUUCUAACAGAGGACAGCCAUGGCAGACUUACCAAGAUGCAGGAGCUGAACCCAGGAGCUAAAGCCACCAAUCAAACUGUGACACUGAUCUACAGACCAAAGAGUGCCCAACACCCAGACGGCCAUUAUGAUGUGCGCAUCAAUAACCAGACAGUAAACAUAGACAGCGAGAGCAAGAGCUGCCUGUUUCACGCUUUGGCACGAGGCAUGAAACCAGAGGCCAGUGAAGAAGAGAUCGCUUUAGAAGCAGACCGCCUCCGAUCUGUGGAGGCCGACACUCUCCUCACACAUCCAGGCCAAUGGGAGCCUUUCAUCAAGCGCAAAGAGUGGACUGAAGCAAUCAGAGGAGGGGACUGGUACAUGGCAGAGGGAGCUGCACCAACAAAGAGAAAAAUCAAACUCAUGAAAGAAACUGAGGAAGCUCUUGAGCAAGAAACUGGGAAAGUGAAACUGUACGAAGAGUGGCAGCAGGAUGCAAAGAAGAGAAAAGGAAUUGGAAAGUUCAUCAACGGAGAUCACCAACCACCAGUAAACAGUAUACUGAAAGCAAAUGAAUUGAACCAGAAUAGUAAAUUAGCUACAGCUAUGCUUGAGGUGGCAACAGCCUCUUCUCCUCUGGAUAAAAAGCUUAUAGAGGACGUAUACAACACUCAUGGGCUUGGGCUUCCAACUGUUUAUGUACCAGAAGAGGUGCAUCGUGAGUUCCCCAGUACAAAAUCUCAAAGAUUCAGGGACUUACUGGCUGAAACCAUAAGCAAGGAUGAUGUUGCGGCCACCUUCAAACUGACCAUCCUUGGUGCAAUGCCCAGAAGUAUGUUAGACAGCUCCAAGGAGUACAACAAUUUUCAGAGUAAAAAAAUGAGUCCCACCAGGCUGAAGGUUUUCCAGGACAGUUUUCCAGAACAUUCUAAAGCAUUAGUGGAUAAAUGGUUCAACCUCCUGGGACACAAAACAGAUCUCAUGAAACCAGAGAUUAAAAAAGAAAUGGAGGACUGGAUCAAUGCUAAAAAAUAUGAAGAUCAAAAUGAUCCCUUCAGGAACCAAGUCAUCAGCACCCUUCAAAGUGUAUCGAAACCUGGCAAUGUGACUGAUUGAACUGAAGAAGUAAAAUGAAAACUACAGAGAUCUUCCAGCUCCAGGUUCAUCAUCAAGAGACCUCUCUGAAGAUGUAUCAUGAGAAUCACUUUUCCUUUGGUUUAAUUCAAAAUAACCUUUUACUAUCCAGGGGGCUCAUUACAGAAACAAUCCUAACUACUUGUCCUGUCUCAUCUCAAAAGUGAAAGAAAGGAAACAAAGAUUAUUCUACUUUACCUUUGAAUUCCAUUAUGGAAAUCAAACAUAGACUGUGCCAUUGGACAGACUUUUCACAAACAACAUAACUGUCAAUGUGCCUAUUU